ACUCUUAAAAAUAAUAACACUCAUCGCUUUGAAUCAUGGAAGCCAACGGUCGAGAAGAAUCAACAUCAGAGUGGUUCGCAAAGUACUUAAACCGCCAAAGUGAUUGGUUAGAAAAAACCAGAGGAAAUCUGAUGGUUACGGCAACGGUAAUAGCUGGUAUGAGUUUUCAAGUUAUGGUUAGUCCUCCCGGUGGCGUAUGGCAAAGUGACAAUUGUUCUUUCGGAAAUCAAACCGGAGCUCCGGUUUGUAAAGGGAAAGCGGGGACUGCUGUAUUGGAGUACGAGAGUUCCAAGCGUCAAGCCUAUCUUGGGAUGGUAAUUAGUAGUACAGUUUCUUUUUCUGCCUCGAUGAGUCUCAUUCUCCUCGUCAUCAGCGGUUUACGACUAAGAUAUUACUGCAGGAAAGUAAAAACUAAAAAGUGAAGACUAAAAUUAGUCAUGUACUUCAUUAACAAUAAGGUGUUGACUUUGGUUU